AUGGUUCAACUCUUUACCUCCUCUCAUCACCCCGUCAUUCGGGCUAUCCUCCUUCUCGUCGUCGCAUUGGCCCUCCAUCUGCCGUACGCGGCCGCGCAGGCUGACUCACCUCACGCUGCCGCGCAGGCUGACUCACCGCUGCGAUCCCCGCAUUGGCGAAAGCAUAUCUCCGACGAUAAGAUCAAAGUCAACCCAACCUUGAUUAUCGCCUCUCUCAUAGGCACCUUCAUUAUCAUGGGCUGCGUCUCCGUCCUCCUGACCCAACACUGCAUCCGCCGCCAACUCACCCUCACCGCCCUCGAGUCCCACGGCGUCUCGGCCACCAACCGCCGCCGUCGCCGCCUCUUCGGCCGCCUCGCAUGCACCGGCCUUGACCCGUCGAUAAUCGACGCGCUCCCAACCUUCGUCUACUCUGAAGUCAAAAAAGACGGCAUGAUCUCUCUGGAAUGCACCGUGUGCUUGAGCGAAUUCGAAAACGCCGAGACCCUUCGCUUGCUCCCCAGAUGCUGCCACGUGUUCCACCCCGAUUGCAUCGAGGCGUGGCUAUCCACUCACGUCACGUGCCCCGUUUGCCGUUCCAACCUCGCCCCCAUACCCGACGCAGUGAGUCGUGAACCGGAAACCGAACCGGCGGACUCGGUUGGGAUAAACGAUUCGAUCGUAGACGUCGUCUGA